GCACGCUGGGGUGUUGUUAGGCGGUUCUUGCCUGUCUACUUGCCUGCCUGUUGGCUCGCAGGCGUGCUCGAGAGGCGCCGGGUUUGAACGCUUCUUCUUCGUCUGCGCCUCCGUCAGGUUGGAGGGAGAGUAACCCGGUCGAGUUCAUGAUGUAAAUAUUUUUUUUUUCUCUUUUGUUCAAAUCCUAAUCUUCAAAGUGAUGGCACGCGGUACAAAGACCCGACUUUUAAAGGAGGAGAUUCAAUUACUCUCGCUCUCGGAUGGAAAUUCAUUUGACUAAAUUCAGACGGAAUUAAUCAUCGAACAGUGAAUCCGGUAUUCUUUGAGGACCGGCGAGCGGCAAAAGAUACUCCUCGUCAAUUAUGGAAAAGGAAUGAUUGGGGUCCUGAUGGCUCGACAUUCUGAAGUGCGAUUGGAGAGAUUGGAAGAUGAAACUAUGAUGGCCCUGAGGUCUGUUUCGGAAAUUUCUCAUUAAGGAAAAGACGCUUGGCUGUGAUUGGUAUUGUAAAAUAAUGCAUCGACAAACCCAAAAGUAAGAAAAGAUAAAAUUGGCAGUUUCAAUCUGACUUAUCUAGGAAGAAAAAUAUUUCGGAAAAGAAUAGCAUCGAGAGAAUUACUUUAUUUGUUAUUUUCAUGAGAAGAUAACAUAUAAAAUACGAAAACAAAAAACAUAGACACAUAUUGAAAAGAAAAAAGAAACUAAAAAGACUAAACAUAUCCAAGAGAACCGAAACACUGUAACGUGAGACACCAUGCCCGAAUCACCAUAAAAUCACCAUAGAAGAGACGUGACCCGUUCCAUCACAAGCCAAAAUGUGUUCCCCGAGCGCGCUUGUGAUGGUGACUGUCCUGGCGUGCUUGACUGGACACACUCACGGACACCGCAGCUCAGCAUGGACACUCACGAAUCAGCUGGUCUCUGCCGGCGUCCACUUCCACAAUCUGGCUAUGAUGUACUUCGUUGUCGUGUCAGAAUCAUCAGCACAACAACAGUACUACGAUUACCCCGCUGAUCAGCACCAGAGCGCCCACUAUAAGAGAAAAGAACACCAUAGGAUUCGACACCAUCUCAGCCGGCGGCACUUAAACUACAGACAACAAUUACGAUUUUCACAGACACUAUACACCCAGUCCGUGCCUGAGAACAUACCUCUACACACCUCUAUUCUAAAGGUCCAAGCGUCCGACCCCGGAGCAGACGGCGACGGCGUUAUCAAGUACCACGUAAGCGACACGGAUAAUUUCAAAGUAGACGAGGAGGGUGUUCUCUAUAACAUCCGCCCGUUGGACUACGAGAGAACUUCAGGCCAGUAUCGGGUACAGAUCUCCGCGGAGAGUCAAGGAGCAAAGCAAUGGGGGAGGAGAAAGGUCGUCACAACAGCCCUCAUCUACGUCACCGACGCCUCAGAACCGCCGUAUUUCGACUCUUCACAUUAUUACUAUUACAUUCCGGAAUUUGCUGCCCCUGGCACGUUCGUCGGCAAAGUCAUAGCACGAGACGACGACAACGACUUCGAUAGCUAUUCUCUGGACGGCGUCGAGCCUCCGAAUAUGUUCAGCGUCGACACCCUCCAGGGCAUCAUCAGCGUGGGCCAGACGCCGCUCGGGAAGCAGUGGGUCUACCUGUUCCAGGCCCGGGCGACGGACUACCAGGGUCACGUGACCUCGGUUCCCGUCACCGUUUAUAUCAUAGCCAGCAAUCCGUCAUAUGCUCGACUGACUUCUGAAAGUAAAGAGGAGAACCGCCACAAACCCGUGUUCCCGGAGUGCACGGCCUAUGACCAGAUCCACGUGAAGGAAAACAUGACAGCAGGAUCUCCGGUUGUCUUGGUUCUCGCCAAGGACAAUGACGUGGGGAAGAACGGCAUUGUGUCUUAUUCCCUCAUCAACGACUUCGGGAGUUUCGCCAUCCAUUCCUCGAGCCAGCAAGGCCAGGUCACCACGACGCGGCGAUACGACCAGACCCUGGCCACCGACCACCGCUCAGGCACGACCGUGUUGCGGGUCACGGCCUCUGACCUCGACGCCGGGGAAAACGCCCACGUGACCUAUUCUCUGAGGGCGCACCACCCGCAUGACCUCGAUUACUUUUCGAUAGACAGCAGCUCGGGGAUCAUGACGCUGCGGAAGCCCUUGGAUGAUAGCAUGGCCAACAGCAAAACCUUCGAGCUGAGCGUGCAGGCUGAAGACCAAGGACGGCCUGCACUAUCAUCCACAGUGCCGAUCACCAUCACCGUAGUGUCCUCGGGAGAGCUGCCCCCCACGAUCGUCAGCCAGAACCCGCUACACCCGAUAAUACCCGAAAAUACGACGGAAAACACACCCGUUGUUACUGUGUGCGCCAGAUCGAACUUGGCCGACAGCCCGAACGUGUACUUCACUCUCAUCAACGGCAACACACGAGACACAAAUUCCGACGGAACGUUUGCUUUGAGACGGCUGCCCGACUCGAGCUCCGCCUGCGUCGACAGCUCGGGCGUGAGCAUCUUCGUCGCCACCAGGAACCUCGACUACGAGACGGUCGAGUCAUACAACCUCCUCCUCCAGGUUGUGAACGACCAGAACGCCCGCGUGGACAAGCAGCUCCUCGUAGAUAUCGUGGACGUGAACGACAACGCCCCUCUCCUCCAGCUCUUCGACGGGUCACUCGUGGAAAACGCCGAGAGGGCCCUUAUCACCACUAUCAAGGCCGUAGAUAAGGACACGUCGCCGCAGUUCAGGCAGCUGAUCUACAAAUUCGACGCGACGGCCACUGAGGACGUGAGGGACAAGUUCGAGCUGAAGCCCAACGGCGAGCUGUGGACGACGAAGCCGCUCGACCGGGAGGAGGUCAAGCAGUACCGCGUGCCCAUUCAGGUCACCGACGGCAUUCCCGGUACGUUUUUAUUAUCAUAGCUUCCCACUUCUUUCUUUCUUCAUUUCUUCUUCCCUGGUUGUUUUUCUUGUCUCCCUC